AUGGGAUCGGAGACUGGCGACGAGGAGGUGUCGUGCGUCCAUGCAGCCUCUUCGGACGACAUUGUAAGCGCUAGUGAAGGCUCGAGUCAAAGUGCAGAGGAAUCAGAGAAAAGCUCGCAAGGAGACAGCGAGACCGGUGAGCUCAAGCGGGAAGAGAACGACGACAUUAGGAUGGAAGCAGUUGCGACAACGGGACAAGGAGAUGUGAAGAUGAAUCUAUUGGGAGAGGGACGUGAUAUGGAAGAAAGCGCUAUGGGUGCGCAGACUAAAGAAAAUGUGGAGAUGAUGGAGACGGAGGAUGGAGCCAAGGAGAGGGCUGUAGUUAUUGAAAACGACGAGAAGAUGUCGUCGAAGGACGUGCACAAAGCUCUGGCUGUUGAUGGAGACGAGGGAACUGAAAAUGAAAGGAGCAUAGAAGGAGAUUUGGUGGAUGGAAGCUUUGGCGGAAGUGGGAAGGUUAUGGAGGCCAUUAUGAAGGUGAAGGCGGUUGAUGAGACUGUGCGGGAAGUGAAGAGUGCAAGUAACGGUGCUACUUCUUCUGUAGAACUGGUUGCGAAAACAGAAACGAAUAGAGAUGUGGCAUCGAAGCCUGCUUCUGAGGUUACUGAUGCUGAUACUGAUGCACGACAAGAUGUCCCUGUUACGAGUGCUGGUGGAGAUACUGUAUGUACAGGAGAUGCAGGAAGUUCACAGCCGAAUAAUGCUGAGGUGCAGGACCUUAGUAAAACGACUACAACCGAUUGCGAAGACCAGGACGACACGUUGACAUUAGAGACUAGCAAUGAUGGCGACAGAGCUGCUGCACUCGUAGAGCCUGCUGCUAAGAAGCAGAAAGUAAAUGAAACGGUUGAAACAGCUCGUGAGAGCGCCAUUGCUGAGGCCCCUACCGCUGCUGUCGAUGGAUCUAGUGACACUUCUACCGCUGCAAUGAUUUCUCGGGAUGAUAUGGCAAAGAUGGAAGAAGAUAGCGGGCGGCUCAAGUUCGACGUGAUCACGAACGAUGGCACGGACGAGCAUAUGAUCCAGCUUACGACACUGAAAAACAUUUUCGCGAAGCAGCUUCCCAAGAUGCCAAAGGAGUACAUUGUCCGGCUGGUUUUCGAUCGAAACCACCGGUCCAUGCUCAUAUUGAAGAACGGUACUCACGUGAUCGGCGGUAUCUGCUACAGACCGUUCGAGAAGAAUGGGUUUGCAGAGAUCGCGUUUUGUGCCAUCAAUGCCUCGGACCAAGUCAAAGGGUAUGGUACACGUCUGAUGAACCACUUGAAGGAGUAUGUAAAGACCAAGAACAUCACGCACUUUCUGACGUAUGCCGACAACUAUGCCAUCGGGUACUUCAAGAAGCAAGGUUUUACGAAAAGUGUAUCCAUGGCUCGGCCUAACUGGUUCGGCUACAUCAAAGACUACGACGGCGGAACUCUAAUGGAAUGCACAAUCCACACGCAGAUCAACUAUCUGCGAAUCACGUCGAUGAUCCACAAGCAACGCAAGGCCAUCCGAGACAAGCUCCAGGAGCGCUCUUGCUCAAAGAGGGUCUACUCUGGCCUGACACAGUUUGCGGAGGGUAGAUUGAUGGACAUUUACAUGGUUCCUGGUGUUAAGGAAGCAGGAUGGUCUCAAGCUGUGAUUCGCAACAAUCGAAUCGGGACUCGCGACCAAGGCAGUCUAAAGUCGCAGCUCUUGCAGUUGUUGAAGGCAGUAUUUAAUCAUCGCAGCGCAUGGCCCUUUCACGAGCCAGUGGACACUACCGUAGUAGUGGACUACCUUGACCAUAUCAAGGAUCCCGUAGAUCUCCAGCUGAUCAGCAAGCGCAUCGACAGCGGAUCGUACAUCUCUAAAGCUGCGUUCAAGGCAGACCUGGACCAGAUGUGUGAAAAUUGUUUGAUCUACAACACGCCCGACACGAAUUACUACAAGGCGGCGUUAGACCUUCGAGAGUUUAUCCAAUCUCGGAUCCAGAUCAGGGACCACAAGUAA